AUGAAACCAGAAUCAGAGACGCAUCGCACCACAGCUCUCCAUGAAGGCGUAAAUCGCACCAUCAUCGCAAGUCACCAGGAAGCCCCAAAUCGUAACUCACCAUCCUCGCACCAUCAUCGUCACUGCGCUGCGUUCUUCCCAAAUCGUCGCUGCGCUGUGUUCUUCCCGAAUCGCCGUUGCCUCCUUCUUCCCGGCGUCGCUGAGUCUCUCCUCUCCGCGGCAUUGGUGCUUCUCCCUGUUUUGUUUGGCUGCUGCUGGUUUGCUGCUGUUGCUUCGCUGCUGCUGGUUUGCUGCAUUGGCCGUUUGUGGGUUGUCAUCUGUGAGACAAUAGUGAAGAAAACACGAGGACCUACACAAUGCUUGAAGAUUCAUGCAAGACAGUUGGAAGAUAGAGAACAAAUUACUCUAGAUAGUGAAGGAGAGGCAAUUGGUCCUACUGAUGAAGUUGUAAACAACUUGAGCAAAUUUUUGGGCACAGUGGCAAGGAAUUCAGAUUUUUGUCCAUUAAUUUACACAAAUUGGAAGGGAAUUAAAGAUAAAGAAGCCAUUUGGGAAUAUGUUCAAGCUAAAUUUAUUAUUCCAACUGAAGGAAAGAGGAUGGUCCUUGCUCGUAUCAAUGACAACUGGAAAGGUAUAAGACUACAAUAAAGCAAACUCAUUUUCUG